UUCCUUCCCUGCUUCUUAUCUUGCCGCUUGCAUUUCAUUCAGGCUCACUGCUGUCAAAUUCGGUCCUUCAAUAUCACCAAUACUCCUGUGUCAGGUGAGCAUCAACAUUAACUGUUUAUACAUGUCGUGAGAAGUCUCUAGGCUUGGACCGACUACACUUAUAUCUUCUGAUCCACAGAGAGACAAAGACAGCUACAAAGGACAAAAAUGGCGAUAACUGUUGUUGGCAUUGCCGAAAAGAUCGUUGCUUAUCUGGUUCCUCAAGCAAUAGAAACGGUUGGAAAGUUAUGGGGCAUCAAGCAAGAACUCAAGGCACUCGGGGACACGAUCUCCACGAUUCAGGCCGUACUGGAUGAUGCAGAGAAGCAAUACUACCAGAGUCGCCAAAUCCAAGGUUGGCUUGAGAAACUAAAAGAUGCUUUCUAUGAUGCGCAAGACGUGCUUGAAGAAGUCAAUAUAGAAGCUUUGCGACGAGAACUGAGAGGUCACAGUGAAAUAAGCAAGGAGGUAAGGACAUUUUUCUCAAGUUCAAACCAGCUUGCUUUUAAACUGAAGAUGAGUUACAAAGUAAGAGCAGUGAGGGAGAAAAUAGAAGCCAUUAAGGCUGAUAGGAAAUUCCACUUGGAUGAGCGCUCCGUGGAUUCACUAGUAGAGAGACAAUGGAGGAAAAGAGAAGAGACGCAUUCAUUUGUAAGUGAGGGAGAUAUUAAAGGCAGAGAUGAUGACAAAACGAUUGUUAGAAAAUUUUUAUUGGAUUCAAAUGUGAAAGAGAAUGUCUCCAUCCUUCCAAUAGUUGGUAUUGGUGGGCUUGGAAAAACGGCACUUGCUCAAUUUAUAUAUAAUGAUGAGAUGGUAAGUAAACACUUUCACUUGAAAAUGUGGGUCUGUGUCUCCAAUGACUUUGACGAGAAAAGAAUAGUUGCAAAUAUCAUAGCUUGUGCAAAGAAGAAAGGGCACAGUGAGGAUGCAAUGGAACAGUUGCAAAGUGAACUAAGGGCAGAAAUUGAUGGAAAGAGAUAUCUUUUAGUUUUAGAUGACUUGUGGAAUGAAGAACCAGAAAAAUGGUUGAGCUUGAAAAAAUUACUGGUGGGAGGUGCUAGAGGAAGCAAGAUCCUCAUAACUACACGCCUUCCUUCAGUUGCAAAGAUCACUGGCACUGCUCCACCUCAUCUUCUUGGGGGCUUAUCUGAAAGUGUAUCUCUUGAUUUAUUAAUGCAAAUGGCUUAUCGAAAAGAAGAGGAGAUACAAGAUCCUGAAAUGGUAGCUAUCGCCAAAGAGAUAGUUAGAAAGUGCUUCGGGGUCCCAUUGGUUGUUCGAACUGUUGGAAGUUUACUAUUCUUUAAGAAAACUAAACUCGAAUGGUUAACUUUCAAAGAUUAUGAGCUCCCAGAUGUGUCUCAAAGGGAAGACAACAUAAUAUCUGUUUUGAGGCUAAGUUAUGACUAUCUUCCUUCACAUUUGAAACAAUGUUUCACGUUCUGUUCACUGUUUCCGAAAGAUUAUGAGAUACAGAAGCAGACUUUAGUCAAUCUUUGGGUGGCUGAAGGUUUUAUCCAGCCAUCAAAUAGAAGUCAACAUUUAGAAGACAUUGCUCAUGGAUAUUUCAUGGAUCUACUUUGGAGCAACUUCUUCCAAGAUUUUCAAGAAGACAAGGAGACUUGCAAGAUGCAUGAUUUGAUGCAUGAUCUAGCAUGCUUGGUUGCCGGGACCGAGUGUCGGGUGGCAUGGGAUCGCACAAAAUCCAUACAUGAGAGAACUCGUCAUGUAUCAUAUGGUUCAACUUUCAAUUUGACGGGUGAAUUUCUAAUCUCGUGCUCAAAAGCAAGUGCGCUAAGAACAUUUCUGUGUGCUGCUAGUGAUAGGGAAAUGGAAUCAAUGAGUGAAGCAGAUUUACGCCAACUCAUUCAAAGUUUUAAGAGGUUGCGCGUCUUGGAUCUGCAUACCACAUAUGUAGAGAAGGUGCCAAGGUCCAUUUAUAAGUUGAAGUAUCUCACGUAUCUCGACCUUUCUGGCAAUGUUAAUCUAAAAAGGCUUCCUAACUCCAUUACGAGAUUGCAGAAUUUGCAAACUCUUAAUCUCAAUAGCUGUUUUAGCCUUGAAGAAUUGCCAAGGGGUAUAAGGAAGUUAGUCAGCCUUCGAAAUCUAUACAUAGAUUAUUGUUGGAAACUUGGUUAUGUGCCAUGCGGGCUAGGGCAAUUGCGUUCUCUGCAUAGGCUAACGCGCUUCAUUUUGCCUAAAGAUAAAGCUCUUGCUAAGGAUUGUUGCGAACUUGGGGAGCUAAAAGAGCUUAAUAACAUUCGGGAAAGCCUUCGCAUUGAGAAUUUAGGAAGCGUGAUGGAUGCAGUAGCAGAAUCCAAGGCUGCGAACUUGAUAGGGAAGCAUUCUCUGGAAUCUUUGGAACUUAAAUGGGGCGAUUUCAAUACUAAUGAUUCAGUAAUUGGGAAUAGGGAUGAAACACUAUUAGAUGGACUAAGGCCACACUCAAAUUUGCAAAAGUUGAGGAUCGAAGGAUAUGAAGGCGAGAGCUUUCCAAGGUGGAUGAUGGAUAGCCUUGUAUUUUUCUUGCCAAAAUUAGUCGAGGUACGCUUCAACGGUUGCGGAAGAUGUAAACGUCUCCCUCCACUUGGCCUUGACAAGUUGAAGAGCCUGCUAAUCGAGGACAUGGAGUCUCUAGAGUGUGUGCCCGGAGAGUGCUGGAAAAGCCUCACCUCCCUCAAAUAUCUUAGCAUUUGGAAUUGUCCUGGGUUAACUUCCCUCUCAAAAUGGCUUCUACAGGCCAGCAAUCUCGAGGAUCUCCAUAUUUGGGGUUGUGAAGAGCUGGAUUUAUCCAAAGACGAAAGCGGCGGCAACAACAACCUCAUCUUGGAUUUCCAUGGAGGACUCCAUCACAGUCUUCGGUCCCUGUGGAUCAACGGCCUUCCCAAACUAGCAUAUCUCCCACAGUGGCUUCUACAGGCCAGCAAUCUCGAGCGUCUCAAAAUUGAGAAUUGCUCCAAUUUGAAGGCAUUACCAGAGCAGAUCGAGGCCCUUCAAUCACUUCAACGGCUUGAAAUUGGCACUUGCCCCUUGCUGACGUCAUUACCCGAAGGAAUACGAAGGCUUUCAUCCCUUACUCACCUAACAAUCUACAAUUGCCCAGAAUUGGAGAGGAGGUGCAAGAGAGAUGCAGGCGAGGACUGGGACAAGAUCGCUCAUAUCCCCCGCAUCGAUUUUGAAAUAUGAAGACUAGGCAGAAAUGGCGCAGAUUUUGGCACCGACGACACAAUGCCAUAUGAGGAUGACAGAAUUCACAGACUACCAUAGCAAACGCAUGGAUUUUUCUCUUGCUGAAGUAAAAGAAGAGUGUAAACAGCAAGAGCUUUUCUAAGUUCAGGGUGUAUGCUUUGAAGUCCGAGAACAAUUCUAUUACAGGCUUGAGAGUC